AUGGUUGCUAUGAACGACGCCCUUUUGGCAUGCCUCUUGAACGAGAAGUACGUUGACUUCUCGAUUAUCUGCCGUGACAAGACAAUUCGUGCCCAUCGUGUUGUACUUGCCGCUCAAUCAGAAUGUUUUGCAAAGAACCACGGGCCCGAGAUCGAUAUGUCAGAUUAUGACUCUGACGCGAUCUUGGCGAUGAUCCGCUGGCUUUACGUCCGCCAAUAUCCCAAAUGCCGUGGCAUCUCUCCUGCUUUGCUCAAUGCUCGUGUCCACAAGCUUGCCAAGUCGUUCAAAAUUGAUGAUCUCGCGGAUCAUGCAGUCUUUGAGUUCCGGGUGGCGCUCGAGCAGCUUUUCGACGAGAUCGGUGACUUUCCGGGCGAAUUGUGUAGCAUCGUCGACGAGGUGUAUUCAACUACCGAGCAAGAAUGCCCAUUGCGCCUGACUUUGUCAGGUGUGCUCGCGGAGAAGCAUCGCUGGCUUUUCCGCGAGAAUAGCCCCAAUUUUGCAGAUCUUCGCAAUGCGAUUAUCAACAAGCAUCCAAGCCUUGGUCUUGACAUCCUCGGCAGCAUGGCUAGAAACGCGCCCAAGAGUCAGCAGGAUACUUUCUACAAUGAUUGGCUUUCCACUCCAUUUUCGAGGCCUGAUCUUGCACAUCGUCCUGGGCAUGUUGCUAGAAGAGCUUCCAUCGAAUCGGCUGACAGUGAGAUCGCUGUCUACAAGGAUCGCCAGACGUCAGGGUCGUUGUUCGACCCCAACAAGAGCGAUUCUAAGGAUUCGUGGCUGCAGACGAAGAACGCAGGCGGCAAGAUAACCGACAAUGAUGGUGUAAUCCGUGCUGAGCAAGAAAGUUCGCGCGACAAGACCCGCCAGGAAUCCUGGGUCGACUGCGGCUCAUGGCAGUCAAAGUAUAACCCGCCCAGCUGGUAG